UUUUCCUAAUAUCCAUUACAGGGAGAUAGAAUUAUUCUUCUUAAAAGAGUUGAUCAAAACUGGUAUGAAGGUAAAAUUCCAGGAACCAACAGACAAGGCAUCUUCCCUGUUUCCUAUGUAGAGGUCGUCAAGAAGAAUACAAAAGGUGCUGAGGACUACCCUGAACUCCCAAUACCCCACAGCUAUUCUAGCGAUAGAAUUCACAGCUUAAGUUCAAACAAGUUGGCUCCCAGUGAACGGGCCCCUCCUCCCAUGCACAAAGCUUCAACUGACACAGAUAAAGGCACCCUCCAAGGAGUCACCCAGGGUUGGCUGUCCCUGACAGCAGCGUGUCCACCAGCCAGUGCUUUGUCCCCAACGUCUUCUCUUUUUCUGGACAAUUUCCUGGAUGAACUGGAGAAACUUAGUGCUUUAACCUUCUCACCUGACCAAGCCAAACCAAAUAUCCCAGAAGAGAUCACACUGGAAAUUACAGAGGAACCUACCGUUCUCCUCUCCCUGCCUCCAGCAUCCGUGUCAGCCGACUCACCUCACUUUCAGUUACCUUUUCCCUGCACGAGUGUGACUUCAGCCACAGCCCAGCCUUACCAGACAGUGCCAAGUCAGGAUCCCAUGAAAACCACUCAGACCAAGUCUGCAGAUUCGAAAAGGAUGAGAAGGGCCUUUUCUGACCCUGAGAAGGUGCCUGACAUCCUAGGUGAUAAGUUUGUGGCCUCUGCACAUACUAACGUGGGCUCCUUGCCUAUUCCACUCCCGGUCAUUGGAGAGGAAGAUGAGGAACUCUAUGAAGGGAUUGUGUCAGGCAUCCGAAAAAGGGUGCCAGAACACCCAGAGCAAGAGGCCUUGUGGUGUGGCCACGAUGGUACAGAGGUGACACCAAGCCUACACAUUGAUGAGGAGGAGGAGGACACACCGAGCCGCUUAAGAUACCCGGUAGCCAUUCCUACGGGUCCCAGGAUCCCUCAGGAAGACAGCAGUGUGGCAAAAACCAGUAACGAGCCACCUCCAUUUUCUUCGGGAGAGCAAACGGCUACACCUUUCCCCGGCUGUCUACUCAGUUCCCCUCCAUUUCCUUCCCCCCUGGCCUCUGUUUCUGACCUGCCCUCUACACUUUCUCAGCCUCCCCAGCCCUCUUCGCCUCCUCUCCUCCCUAAAUACUCUUGUCAACAGGAGAUACAUUCACCAAAAUUAAAGGCUGAUUUAAAAAGCGAGAUAUUUGUCCUGGGUAAGCCUCCACGUAGCCCAGUGAUGUCUAGGAGAUCCUGCAGCUCGCCUGUCAGAGGGCUCAGCGGUCCCCACAGGGUAGGGUCAGAACACUCCCACCUGGUGGCAGACAACCUGGCCACUCUCCCUGUCAUGGGCUGCUCUUCCUCGAUUGUCUGUGCUGUGAACUGGCAGUAAAGCAGGGCUGCAGAUACCCCUGAGAUGAAGUGGCCCAGAUGAUGAGCUAUGAAAUCGGGUCAACAGGAAAACCCUAUCCUAAGUCUUUGGGUAAUGUGCUCCCCAUUAAUGUGUGUUUCCAGAACUCAGAACGGCACGACCUAAUUCUGCACUGGACAAUGAGGGUAUGACGUGUGCGGUUUUCUACAUCUGUCUCACGUUUCCAUGUUCAAAUCGCCUUCUAGUCUCUGGCUUUCAGUGCAAAGAACUGAACAGUUGCCAAUCACAUACUGAACUCCCACGCUUCCAGGAGUGUUUACUUUUGUGUUGUUCCAUUUAUUGGGAUCAAUUUUAGGCCGUGAUUCCUGUUUCAAAGUGUUUUGUUGCAUUGGCUAUACGUGCCACAUUCCCACCGGGCCUCUUUUCUCCCUAGUGCAACUCCAUAUCCUCCCAACUCCUUGACAGCAACAGCUUUGAUGGAAUUAAAGUUCUAAUUGCUUUCUUUAACCACCUAUUAAUAGUUCUGUAACAUCUACGGCACUUUAAAAUGAACGGACUCUAAAUGGUACUACUAAUCCGGAGGAGUUUGGGAAUUUU